GCACUAUCCGCAGUCAUGGUUUGACAGCAGACAGCAGUCGAGUCGACAUUCGACACGUUAUUCAUUGGUUAAGUUUGUACAAUGUCACCUAAGAAUGACAAAGGAAACGCAAAAUCGUCAAAAGUCAAGUUUAGGAACAACAAAUAUAAUCACAAGAGCAAAGUUCAACAGUUCGAGGAGAAACGUCGAAAGUCAGCCCUUCACAAAUAUUAUAAAGAGCUCAAAAAAUCUGGACAGAAUGUUCAAGGUCCUGUGGGAAAAUCAGAUUCAAAAGAACCUGGCAAUAAGAGGCGCAGCGACUGGAAUCCUUAUGAGAAGGCUAAAGAAGAAUUAGCUAAACGCAAAAAAGAGAAGGCUGAAGCGAGAGCUCAAAAGGAAACUCAGAAAAAGGAAAGAGAUGAAGCUUUAGAAAAAUAUAAAAAGGAAAAAACCAGGAAGUUCGUCCAACUCAAGAAGAAGACCAAAAGGGGUCAGCCAGUAAUGGCUGGCCGUAUGGAACUCCUCCUUGAGAAAAUUCAAAAACGAGCAGGAACAUAAUUUUUAUCAUGUUUGCAUUAUGCAGAGUUAAUAACUCUGGUCACAAUUAACUAUUAAGACUUCAUGAAACAAGUCUACGUUUCUAUGUUUUGUGAUAAAUAUCAUUGUUAAAGAAUGUUUCACUUUGACAAUUUGUUAGAGGUAAGGAAUUGAAAGGACCUGUGGCUAACAGCAUUUAUUUGUUUAUUUAUUAACUCCUCAGGCAUAUCUGUGGUUACAUAUUAGCAUCAGGAACUUCAUGCAAAAAUUGUAAAAACAGCCCUGCACAAAAGUACAAAAACCAGACAUAUCGCA